AUGACUAUCCACAAAGUCGCCAUCGUGGGCGCCAGCGGACGGGUCGGCGGCGCGAUCCUGCGCGCACUGCUCUCCGAGCCCAGCUUCAGCGUGACGGUCGUUGCCCGCUCGACCUCAAAAGCAAAAUUCCCCGACAACGUGGCACUCAAACCGGUGUCCGACGACUUCACAACAGAUGAACUCAUCCCAGCUCUCGCCGGCCAAGAUGCCGUGGUGGUGACUGUUGGCGGCACCAAGGCCGCAGUGCAGUUGCGAAUCGCAGACGCAGCGCUGCAAGCGGGCGUGCAGCGCUUCAUCCCCGCCGACUUCGGCAGCUUCGACUCGAACAGCGAGCUCUCGCUGAAGCUGAUGCCGCAGUACGUCGCGAAGGGCGAUGUGCGGCGGCAUUGCGAGAAAUUGGCGCAGAAAAGCAGCAGCGAGGGAGGCUCGUUUUCGUGGACGGCGCUUGUCUGUGGUCAUUUCUUCGACUACCUGGAAGACGGGCUGCUGCAGGCCUUCCCCAAGCGGAACUAUUCGCGCAUCUUUGAUGGCGGAGAGAUCAAAUGGUCGGCAACGACGCUCGAGACGGUCGCCAAGGCGACCGCCGCGGUUCUGCUCAAGGCCGAAGAAACGAAGAAUAAGCGCCUCUUCAUCGAGAGCUUCCUCAUUACGCAGAACCAGCUGCAGGAGGUUCUAGAGAAGGUCACAGACCAGAAAUGGGAGGUUGAGCAAGUUGAGUCCGAGAAGUUCAUGGCGGAGACAAAGGCGGAGAUCGAGAGGAACCCGGGGAAUCAUGAGGCGAUUGAAGAUCUGGUGGGUGUUGUGGGCAUUGUUGAGGGAAAUUGGGAGGAGAAGGAGGGGUUCGCGAAUGAGCUGUUGGGUUUGAAACUGGAGGAUCUUGAGGAGGUGGUUAGGAAGACUCUGGGUAAGUGA